GUAAAUACCCGAGCUGAGAGGCCCUCAAGAAAACCGUGUGACAGUUACUUUGUUCUAAUCAAGUUACAAAGUCGCUGCCAAGCACUAAAGAUUAAACAAAAAUGGCUCCCCAAAUUGUGCUCAUCUCUGGUUGUUCCAGCGGCAUUGGACUCGCCACCGCUGUGCUUCUCGCUAAAGAUGCCGAGAAACGCUUCAAGGUUUACGCCACCAUGAGAAAUAUGGCGAAGAAAGGACAACUGGAGGAAGAGGGACAGGAACAACUUGGAGACACUUUGAUUGUCAAACAGAUGGACGUGUGCAGUGAUGAAUCAGUCAACCAAACCAUCAAAGAACUACUCGAUAUAGAAGGAAGAAUUGAUGUGUUGUGUAGGUGUAUUUUAAUAAUUUUAUUAUCUGUGUUUGUGUUUAAUGCCCUUUGGGACGGAUAUACUCAUAUUUUAGAAGUUCAGUCUUAUUCAUUUUAAAUCUCUUCUCUCAAACUUUCGUGAGCCUUGUUACUAGUUGUGGAUUAUACUGAAACAUUCUAUUCGACUGCGGUUUGCUAAUUUUUUUCUUAACUGGCCGGGUAUAUUUUUGUAGACACGGUGGCUAAUAAAUGCGGUUAAGUUUCAUCAUGUUUAUAUCAAGGUCAAGGGAAAAAAAAAUUAAAAUUAAUGUUAACAGCAUACUGCCAGCGCUUUUCGGAGAUGGGGGAAGCCAACUCAAACAUGGGCACAGCAGAAACGAAAAAAAUGAAAGAUGAACAAAAGAAAUGGUGGGAAUUUUUAAGGAAGAUAUUUCAUGAUCAUGGUUCAGGACGAAUCGCUAAGUUACACACAUUGGUUUUCCGUACUUGCCCGUUGUGUCGGCUUUUGAUGUUUCAGUUUAAUCCAAUAUUGUAUGUCUCAGUACGUUUCGAAACCAAAAUUAGUUCACACUUAAAAGUGAUAAACAUCUUAGCCUAUUCACAGAUUCUCUAUCUUCUCUUUAGAGAUCGUCGUGCUUGCGUAUCACUAUGAAAAUAACUUGAAACUACAGGGAAUUGUUGACCGCUUUUUCUUUCGCGUGCACCGCCCCCGUUCAAGCGCUCACUUGGCUCGCGUGCUCGUCGAUUUUCGACAACGUCUGUGUACAGGCUAAAAACAUCUCGACUCCACGGGUGGAACCCCGGUACAUAGAAGGGACACUAUGGGGGGGGGGGGGGUGGGGGGUGGGGGGGGAAGAAGCCAAGGACCCCUAAAAAUUAUUAAUUCACUGGCCUUAAAAAUUUAUUUAAUGAGGAAAAUGUUAAUUUAAAAAUUUAUACUUUGCGAAUUUUUUUUUUUUACCUGGGCCCCUUAACGCGGUGGUUGUCAUCCCUUUUUCUUUGUCGGCGCCCCCCCCCCCCCGCGCCCGCUCUGGGCUCGUGGUGGCUGUUGUUUUUGGGAAGGGGUGGUGAAAGAGAAAAAACGACUCGGCGCCCGGGGGGGGGCCCCGGGGAAAAGGGGGGGAAAUUGGGGGGGGGGGGGGUUGGGGGUUGGGGGGGAACACGCCAAGGAACCCUAAAAAUUAUUCAUUCACUGGCCUUAAAAAUGUAUAUAAUGAGGAAAAUGUUAAUGUAAAAAUUCAUGCUGUUCGAAAUUUUUUUUGUUACCGGGGCCCUAUAAGCAGUGAUUUUAACGGCACAUGUUCGAUACCGGGGAUGGGAAAGGACUGAAGUUUAGGAUAGUGUUUGAAACGCAGGCUAUCACCCUACGGCGAUACCUACGCCAUCCAAGAACGCAGAUACACAGGAAAUGCAGUAAAGCAAGGCUUGAACUUCUUAAUGCUGACCUGUUUUCUGCAGUAAUAAACGUCCAUUUACAUAAUCCAAACAUGAUGACCCGUUUUUUCCACAGUCAACAACGCUGGGUUCGGGUUGUGGUCCGUGGUAGAAUGCACGCCCAUUGAAAUGGCCAAGGAGAUGUUCGAUGUCAACUACUUUGGUACCCUGCGACUUAUCCAAGCCGUGUUGCCUAGCAUGAAAGUAAGAAAGAGCGGUUGUAUUAUUAACAACAGCAGCAUCCUAGGAAUUGUGGCUCCUCCAUUCAAUGCUAUUUACAGUUCAACAAAGUUUGCCAUUGAAGGCCUCACAGAAGCAAUAGCUCCGACUCUACGCCAUUUCAAUAUAAGGUAAGCCAGACGAAGAGGUUCAUUUGCAGUUGUACAAUUGCGAUUUCCGGGGGAGGGGGGUACUCCCUAGUGGCCUAAACUGUGCCACGGAAAAGGGUAUACGGUUUUCAGGGUACCUUGAGCAAAUUAAACCCAGCAGGCUGUUUAGUCCAUUUUGGGGGCAGAUUCUCAAUCGAACGCUGUAGCGUUGGCACCAGAGCUCCAGUUUCACUUAAAUAAUUAAGUGUGUGGGAGAUGGCCGAUUUUGAGAGAGCUAUGGCUCCUUUUCCUAGAGUAUGAGGUGAGAAGGAGUGCGUCGAUUUCAUCAUGCCAUCUUGCGUAACGAAAAAUAAUUGUCACAUUUUGAUCGAUCUUUACCACGAGCUGGUAUAACUUUAGUGUUUAUUUUAGGAAACAUGGUUUGUCUUUGAUUUUAUAUUUUACAUAAUUUUUCAUAAAUUGUCUGCGAGAAGCGUAACCCUUGUUUUCUAAUCUGUUGAUUGCCUCGAGCGUAAACCAAUGUCAGUAGUGCGCCAGUCCGUGCUUUCUCGCCAUCAGAUUCAGGAAGACCGGCCAUAUUUUCCUCUUGAUCUUGCCUUUUUUUUUUUUUUUAAAACUUCAUCCUCGAGGGCAAACUUUAAAAUUAGCGAUGCUCAUUAUUUAAAGAAAUCGAAACUCGACGUUUUUUAAAGCUUUACUUUCCCGUUAUCAAACAGGUGCUCAAUAAUCGAACCAGGUCCGGUGGGGACCUCAGCACUCGAAAAUUCUAGAAACUGGGCAAGUAACUUCGAAAUGUCAGAACCCGACAAUGAGACCCAGGAACUGUUUGGCACGUUUGCACAGCGGAUGUCCCAUCACUUCAGAAGCACGAUGCAAACUUCAGACGAGAUUGCGGAAGUUGUGAAAAGCGUUAUACUCAAUGAAAAACCCAACCUACGAUAUCAAACAAAUUUGAAUGGCGUAUGGCGAGACGUCAAACAAAAACUUACCGAUCCAACUGGAAAUGAAUUGAUGGACAUGGUCAAGAAGGCAUUCUUUGACGCAGAAUAAUUCUUAGUAUUUUAACUUGUAGCGUCCGUAGCCCUUUUCUUCCUAAACUAUAUAUGAAUAACAUUAUUGCGAGAUAAGUAAAAUAAGAUGUACUAAAGGCUGUAAUCAGCCGUUAACGCCGGGAUAACACGAAGUUUUAGUCUUUUUUCUCAGCUUCUUCCCUCCAUUAGUUCUCAUUAUAACUUUUUAAGGUCACCGAAAUCGUAGAAUGUUACCAAAUAGACCUUUUUACCCAUACG